AUGGAAAUUGAAGUACGACAAAGCAGCGGCUUGUAUUAUAAGGCCUUCGUAAAGUCCAUAAAGACAGACACUAUCAUAGUGAGCUAUGGAAACGACGCUAAAACCGAUGAGGUAAAAUUCGAUGAUUGUCGCUUGCCGCCGCGUUCUGCAAAAGCCGAAGCAUUGAAGGUGGGCGAUACUGUCGAAGCGUUGAUGAAGCAAGAGGGUGAUGCAAUCUUCGGUUGGCAGAAGGCCAAAAUCAAGGAAUUGAGGGGAGAUUUAGCAGCAAUCGAAAGCGUUGAAGGGCCACACCGUAUGGAUAUUGUAUCACUGGAGCAUAUACGUACGUUGUUGGUCAAAUGUACCCCACUGAAACAAAGUCAAUUCAAACAUGCAAAAAUCAGUGUACCUGAAGAUCUCCGGGUAUAUUUCAAACGACCCGAGUCAUAUGCUGAUUUCGCAGCGACCGUAAAAAGUGUUUUUGUCGAGUACGAUGAAGAGAAUGGGAAUCUCCUUCUCUCUACAUUUGAAGAACAAGCAGUAAAACGCGCGACGAUUCUUUCUGAUAUGUAUUUCAAGGAUUCUCGACAAAAGAUGCAACUUCUGCAGCGUCAGGAGGAAGCUGCCCGUUUAUUAGAAAACACUUCGAUGUAUACAUCGGCUCAUGUAGAAGAAUUUACGGUACCGUUCGACUUGAUGGGUCUUGCGAUAGGGUCACACGGAGCCAAUAUUCAGAGCGCACGGAACAUUGAGGGCGUUGAAGAUAUACAGCUCGUGGAGAGCAAUGAUGGUCACACACCUGUACUUUUCAAGGUAUUUGCCCAAAAUGCUGAGGCUGCAGCUGCAGCUCGUUCACAGCUAGAAUAUGCAGUAGAAUCGUUCGAUGUACCUCGUGGGAUGGUUGGCAAAGUGAUCGGCAAGUCGGGUAAAACGAUUCAGGACAUCGUGGAUAAAUCAGGCGUUGUACGUGUGCAGAUCGAAGGCGGUGAUGGUCAAAGCCGAGUUGAUGAGAAUGCUGAUGAACCAGUGCCAUUUGUUUUUACGGGUACGAAAGACUCAAUUUCUAUGGCAAAUCUGCUUAUUGAGUAUCAUUUGCGCCAUUUGAAAGAAAUGGAGGAAAUGCGGUUGAAUGUGGAUGAGAUGCAGCGGCAGCUCUAUUCCAGGUCAACUCCUCCUCCCGCUGGAAUGAAUGGCAAUGGCUAUCGCUUUGAACGCGCUGGUCACGAAGGAGGAAAUUUUGGAGGUGGACGGGGUGCACCUUACAGAGGACGUGGACGUGGCGGUUCUUUUCGUGGCGGCUUUCGUCAAAAUAGGGGUGGUGGAGAUCAAGAUGAUCGGCGUCGUGCAGUGGAUGAUGAGAAAGGAGGCGAAAAGGAAGAAAACGUAGAACGAGAAGCUCGUCGUGUUCCCCCUGGUCGUGUUCGUGGUGGUCCACGCCGUGGAGGCAGAGGCCAUCCAGGUCAGGCAGUAAACGGAAGCGGUUGA